UCUAAUUGUUUUAAUAAGAUAAUGUGACAUAAACUCACAUUAAUUUUGCUUCUUUUGUGUAUCGUGGUGGUUUUGAUUCUUCUAUAAACAUGUUUAUAUUAAUUUCUGCAUUGUUGAUGUGUCUGUUGUGUGGUGUUGUACAAGGAAAAGAGGAACCUUAUUUCGUGAAAACCCCAAAAGACGUUGAUGUGGUUACAGGCAAUUCCGUAACUCUCCAGUGCGAAGUAACACCCGACAGCGGAAUGAGAUAUUACUGGGAAUUAAAUGGUUCUAAAAUAGCUAAUACCACUCGCCGACAUCAACAAGGUAGCAAUUUACAUAUAACUCGCGUGGAUCGAGAAAAGGAUUCCGGUCAAUUCACUUGUAUAGCCGAGGACACGACAGGACAAGCGACCGCUAUCACCAGUUCGCCGGCUACAAUCAACAUUCAAUGUCAACCGUUGUAUCAAUCUUUGACACAACCUGCCAAGGGACCCUUAUACGUUCAAAUCGAAAAAACAGCUUUUGCUUCUUUUUCUAGACCUGGUUUGACAUACUCUUCUUUGGUUCAGGAAAAUAACAGCAUUGUGGACCGUUUUUUAAGUAGAAGUUCGAACUAA